GAAAGGAAAUCUGUCAAAAACGGGAUGUAAACAACAACACAGAUUUUUCCAUCACCAGCCAUAGAAAUUAAUUUUAGCAGAAAUUAAUCAAUUCAACGGAAAAUUAAUUAAAAUUCCUGCUAAAAUGACGCUGAAACAAAACUCCGUGCAAAAUAACAUGUCGUUUGACCCGUUCAACGAGCCCCUUCUGGCCACCGGAGGCUAUGACCACACCAUCAAACUAUGGCAGCCGUAUUCGGGACUAUGCCAGCGAACCCUACAGCACGCGGAUUCGCAAGUAAACGCCCUGGACAUCAUCCCGAACGGAACGAUUCUGGCGGCGGGUGGCUAUCAGCACAUUCGCCUCUACGACAUGAACUACAACUAUCCGAUGAUCAACUUCGAAAGCGUCACCAAGAACGUGACUCGCGUCGGGUUCCAAGAGGACGGCAAGUGGAUUUUCACCGGUGGGGAGGACUGUCGGGUGCGAAUCUGGGACAUGAGCUCACCAAAUCCGGCCUGCAAGAGGAUGUUCGAUUGCCUAACGCCGGUCAAUGCGGUGUGUUUGCAUCCGAACCAGGUCGAGUUGGCCAUCGGAAGCCAAGGGGGAAGCGUGUAUCUGUGGGACGUAAAAUCCGACGUCCACGAACAGUUGAUACCGGAGGUGGAAGCGUCCAUACAGGACAUUGCCAUCAGUCCCAAUGGGCAGUACAUGGCCGCGGUGAACAACAAGGGCAACUGUUACAUCUGGAGUUUGUCCAAUAGCAUUAACAGUGAGACUCAGCUGACGCAAACGGAUCCCAAACUGCGGAUAGAGGCCCACAAGAAGUACGCCCUGCGGUGUAAGUUCAGCCCGGAUUCGAGUUUGCUGGUGACCUGCUCCGGGGAUGGAACGGCGCGAAUUUAUAGAACAGAUACGUUCCAACUGCAUGCGGAACUGAAGAUCGAGAAGUAUUGGAUGUGGGAUGCGGUGUUUAGCAACGAUUCCAAGUAUUUGUUCACAGCGUCAUCUGAUGGACACGCACGGUUAUGGAAGAUCGAAACCAAAUCUAUUGAACGAGAAUACCAUGGGCAUUUGAAAGCAAUCACAGCCCUUGCCUUCAGAGACGGUUCGACGAAAACUUAGACCUUCAACAAAUUGGAGAAUAUACAAACUACUUUUAAGUCAUAAUGUAAUAAAUCUAUACACUAGCUUUAUCCAAUUGCUUUCUCGAAA